AUGUCAUUCCAAAUUUUAGCUGAAGGAGUCUGCAUUCUACUAAAUGAAAAAGAAAAAUGAAAUACAAUUGGUGGAAAGCUUCAAAGAGUAUCAGCUUUAUUGGAUGUAGAAUAUAAUCAACUUUCUGAGAAAAUCCUAUAUGAUUUAGGAACAAUUGUUAAUGCCAAUAGAAAUAACAUCAGUGCUUUUGAUAUGGUAUCUACAACUGUAGCAAACUUAUUCUGCUUUUUAUUGACUACUUAUGACUGAGCAAUUACAAUUAGAGAUGAUUUCCCACAAUUUGCAAGCUUUAAAGAUAUUGAUAGACUUGUGAAGAAAGAAUGUUUUGAGUAUAGCAACUUGAAAGCUGUUAGAAAUAAAAUAAAGAAUAAAGAAAUAGAGUUAGAUUUAUUGAUACAAUGGGACUUAAAGUUAUUCAAAGUAUUAUAG